AUGUAUUUCUAUAAUGCUUUGCGAAAAUCACGCAAAACUAGAAGUGUCUCGUCAAAGCAAGCCGAUGAGAGUCUUCUGUCUUCUUGCUCAAAGUGGAUCAUAGAAGACACUGCCCUUCAAAAAUCAGAUAGCUCAUCAAAACUUCCGAGCAUAAAUCCAAGAAUUAAAAAAUUGAGAGAAGUGAUUAGAAGGAGAGGGAGAGCUGACGUUCAAAAUCAAUCGAUGACCUUGGAAAAGCGAAAUCUUAAGCCUCGUAUCGAAAGAUGUCCGAGUUUUACUGGGUGCUUAAGGUCUCAAAUAAUCAAGGGAAAAAUUUCGAGAAAAGAGAAAAUAAAGCGGAAAGGAGUAAAAAUAAAAAUUCGAUUGCCGAGAUUAAGGGAAUAUGGCCGAUUGCUCUUUACUACUGUCAAGUAA